AUGGAACUGUUGAAGGCGUUUCAGCAGGUUGAGGGCGAGCUCAUUGUGUGCGCAUGUGUCGUGCUGGAAACACUUUUAGUUCUGAAGCUCUUCGUGUUCUUGCUCCAGAACCUGUACCGGAGCCCAUGCCAGGGUGGAGAAAGGAAUCCAGUGAUGCGAGAGGUAUGGCGCGGUUGCAAGCGAGGUUGCAUUUGGGUGAAGACGAGCCUGGGACAUCUGGCUGGUCCGACCAGCAAGCCGAUUGCCGAAGCCUGGGAUUCGUUGCAGCGAAGGCUGCUCCUGUAUUUCAGCAGAUCCAUCCUGGUUUGUGGCAUGUACCGCAUCAUCGCAGUGCAGGUAUGGUAUUUUCAAGGUAAGGGCCGACGUCACCCAUCCGUCGAUUUGCCACUGCUCGCCUCUUUCGCAGUUCUGCUGAUGGUCUCGACCUUCCCGUGCUUUCAGACACGGAUAGCAAUGGACAUUUUAUUCUGGCUGCUGCAAUUACUCAGCAUCGUGUCUAUGCUGUUGGCGCAGCCAAGUGAUACCACCCAAGUUGUGGUACUGACUGUCGUCUUGCGCACAGUUGCGUCUCUGUGGGUCCGAUCUGGGUGGUGGGCUCUGAUCGCAUACCUCCCGAACAGCAUCUAUGUGGUUUAUGCGGCACCGAUGUCACGUGGCAGUUCACUCGCUGCAAGCCUUGGCGUCGCCCUGGCCAUCAUCACCCUGCGUCAUUUCAUGUACAAGACCGUGGAGCUGUGCUUCUCGGCCUCAAACUGCAUUGUUUUUUUAAGUGGGACUGGCCAACAUCGUAGUGAGGUGCGAUACAGGACCACAGACAUUUACUUGAGUCAUUGCUUUCGUAGGAGACGUAGGAUUUCAUGA